UGAGGAACCGAAACAAGACCACCGAAACAUCAUGAUCAUGAUGAACAUAUAUAACAAACGCAUUCGAUGGAAGUUUGAAUUGAUAUAUCCAGCCUGCUUCGAUUUACCGACAACUUUCAACACUAGGGCUUUCUUACAGCUCUUUUGCACCACUUAUACAACUACCGAAUAGGACUAUCACAAUUACAUUCACGUGAUCCCCAUUUACAUCAACAAUAUGGUCGUCACAGUCCCCACCGCCUCGCUCCAUGACCAAGUUGCCCUCAUCACCGGCGCUGGUCGCGGCAUUGGCCGUGGCUGUGCCAUUGAGCUCGGCAAGCGUGGUGCCUCCGUCAUCGUCAACUACGUAUCCAGCGAAGGGCCAGCACAGGAAGUCGUCAAGAUCAUCGAGGGUUUUAACAACGGCGCAAAGGCUGUUGCAAUCCAAGCCGAUGUCAGCAAAGUCUCCGAGAUCAACCGCCUGUUUGAAGAGGGCAAGAAGGCCUUUGGCAAAAUCAACAUCGUCAUGUCUAACUCUGGCACCGAGUCGUGGGACGUCACAGAGGAGAUUACAGAGGAGAAGUACGACCAUGUGUUCAACCUGAACACACGCGCCCAGUUCUUUGUUGGUCAGACAGCCUACAAGUACAUCGAGGACAACGGCCGCAUCAUUCUCAUGAGCUCCAUUGCCGCAGGCCUGCUCGGCGUCAAGGACCACGCGCUGUACAAUGCAAGCAAGAUGGCUGUCAUUGGUUUCAUCAAGGCGUUUGCUACCGACUUCGGCAAGCGUGGUAUCACUGUCAACGGCGUCGCGCCAGGUGGUAUCAAGUCCGACAUGUUCACACAGAAUGCUUGGCAUUACAUUCCGGGGGGAACGCCUGAAUGGCCUGCCGAGAAGAUUGAGGGCUUGAUGGCGAGUCACUGUCCUUUGGGGCGGUGUGCAGUGCCCGAGGAUGUGGCGCGGGUGGUUGCAUUUUUGGCCAGCGAGGAUGGAGGGUGGGUUAACGGACAAGUGUUGACUAUUUCCGGUGGAUCGUCACAGUAGACUGCCAGCUUCUCGUGUUGUUUCAGCGGUUUUUGUGUUGAUUUGAAUAACUAUGAAUAUAUUUUAAUACGUCCA